UUAUGACCGUUCCAUGAUUUUCUAACCUAACCUCAAUAUAUAAUCUAUAAAGUACAUAAAUAAACUUUGAUUAUGGUAUAUAAUCAAAGUAAAUAAACCACCUUCGUUUAUUUAGGUACCUACACUACACAGCGUGUAUUAUUUACGAAUAUACAGCCGCAGUGGAGAUAGGGUAUUUCAAAAAGUACAAAAAUGCCACCAGUUCAAUUUCAUCCCGCUGUAGAGCCUAUAAGAUGGCUAGUUGGGAAAUGGAAGUCUACUAAAGCAGUAGGCGAUUUUCCUACUAUUAAACCAUUUACAUACAACGAAGAAAUGGAAUUUGAAUCCUUAGGGCAACCACUUUUAAAUUACCAAUCCAAAACUUGCCAUCCGGUCGCAAACAAUCCUAUGCACUUAGAAUCUGGUUUCUUAAGAAUUAACCCGGGUACUUCGAAUGUGGCAUUUAUGGUUAGUCAUAACUUUGGUCUAGUAUCACUCGAAGAAGGAACUGUAGUCGACAACAACUUGAACCUCAAAAGUACACAUAUCGGUCGCAUGAGCUUUGCCAAAGAUCCUGCUGUAACAGAAAUUGCACGCUCUUUUGUUUAUAGUCCAAAUGAUAAAAAGUUGCAUAUUACUGUUUUAAUGGCCACCUCUAAUACAGAGUUACACCAGCACUUGGUGGUUGAAUAUGAGAAGUUGUAAUAUUUAGGAACUUUACUACUGUAGUUAUAGAUAGUAUUAAGACAAUAAUAAAGUUGUUUAUAAUGUUCUACUAAACGCAUGUCACGUUUGGGUGUACAUAUUUUGUUGGAAGCUCAAUAAAAAAUGAUCACUACAUGCUCUUUACGAGCUCUUUAUUGUACAAUUACAACAU